AGUAUCCAACCUGGUUACGCUGUGGCAUUCCCCGACAGUGAGGUGUCUGAGGAACUCUAGCUUCAUUUAUUGCCCUCUGUCGCUGGGCCUUACGAGGCCCGGCCUCUCCCGCAGCUCGAUCGGUCUUCCGGGGGCAGGGAAACCGUCUCCAGAACAGCUUCUGGGGUUUGAGAAUCAGAAUAACCGCACACACUGGUCCCCUCCUCCAGGAAUGAACACCCGGGCCAGUUUUUAUUUUGCGUGUGUUUUGUUUUGUUGUUGGAAGAUUCUCAGCCAUUUGUUUUCAAGGAAUCUUAUUAUGUGAUCUAACAAUAUAGUCGCGUCUGGAGGGUUUUCAAUUAAUAUUUUUCCUGUUCCGUAUAAAAAUAUCAAAAGAACAUUUCCUGCACUUUUGAACACAAUUUCUUUCGUGUCAUCCUACAGCCACCAUUUCGGGUCUCCAUUUGAAAUUAUUCUAUUAUGGAAUGAUCUGAAUGCAAGUCAACAUUUUGAAUUAUGCUGGGUUUGACUAGAGAUAUGACAUAAUAGAUUCUUGACUGCCUUAGAGUUCGCAUCUGGUUUGAUUGAAUAUACUGAUUCCUUGGUUGCAAUGUGAAUUAACUCUGAGACAAGUCCCCAAUCCAUAUUGUUGGAACAAUUCCUUGUGUAGGAAGAGGAAAUUUGAAGUGAUUGGCUUCUGUGUGGAUGUGAUACUAAAAUGAACUUGUCAACUUAUAUUAAAAAGUAACUUUACAAAGGCGUGCACUUCUGAAGCAAGUGCUGAAGAUGGGACCUCGACGGAAAAGCAUCAAGAAGUGCUCAAGUGUGAAUGAAGGAGGGGAAGCUGUAAAGGAAGAUGAGCAGAGGGACUACAUGAAUCAGUUUUCACAUGAAGUUUUAUGUCAUAUAUUCAGGUAUCUUCCCCUACAGGAUAUCAUGUGUAUGGAAUGUUUGUCCCGAAAGCUGAAGGAGGCAGUUACUGUAUAUAUGCGAGUAGUGAAGGUGGUUGACCUAUGUGCUGGCUGCUGGUGGGAGUACAUGCCAUCAGGUUUCAUUGAUGCCAGUUUUUUAACACUAUUGAAAAAAAUGCCUGACUUGGAACAGCUGUAUGGAUUGCAUCCCCGACACUUGGAACGACGGCGAGUCAGAGGGCAUGUUGCAUUCAGCAUUCCUGGUGUACUUGAAGCUUUGCAAGCCUGCCCAAAUCUAUUGGGUGUAGAAACUUCCCAUUUAGAAUUAGUAGAAGCCAUCUGGAAUUACAUGCCACAGGUCCAGAUCUUGGGAAAGUUUCGAAAUCGUAAUGGUGCUUUCCCAAUCCCUCCAGAAAACAAACUAACAAUUCCAGUAGGAGUCAAGAUACAAACACUCCAUCUGGUUGGAGUGAAUGUUCCUGAAAUUCCUUGUGUCCCAAUGUUGAGACACCUGUAUUUGCAAUGGGUUCGACUAACCAAACCUCAGCCUUUUAAAGACUUUCUGUGUGUCAGUUUACGCACUUUUGUAAUGCGGAAUUGUGCAGGUCCCACCAAUUCCUUAAAGUAUGUUCCACUUGUGACUGGGUUAGCUUCAGCCAGGAACUUGGAGCAUUUGGAACUAGUUCGUGUACCUUUUCUUGGAGGAUUGAUUCAACAUGUAGUUGAAGACAGCUCCAGAUCAGGUGGUUUCAGAAAUCUACAUACUAUUGUAUUUGGAGCAUGCAAAAAUGCACUAGAAGUGGACCUUGGCUACCUCAUUAUCACUGCUGCUCGUAGGUUACAUGAAGUUCGUAUUCAACCUUCGCUAACCAAAGAUGGUGUUUUCUCAGCACUAAAAAUGGCAGAGCUGGAAUUUUCCCAGUUUGAAACCCUGCACCUUGGAUAUGUUGAUGAAUUUCUAUUGCAAUGUAAGAUGACAAAUGCUGAAUUAGUGAAGCAUGGUUUGGCAGAUGUGGUUGAGAAUCCUGGUAUCAUUACAGACAUUGGAAUGAAAGCCGUAAAUGAAGUAUUUCCUUGUAUCAAAUACCUAGUUAUUUAUAACUGUCCCCAUUUGCACAAUGCACAUAACUGGAUAACAGACCAUUCACGAUGGAGUCGCUUGGUGGAUCUUACACUUGUUCGUUGUCACGCAAUCAAGCUAGAGUCAUUCAGUCAGUUUGUAGAAAUGCUGCCAAGCUUGGAGUUCAUUUCAUUGGACCAGAUGUUCCGGGAGCCUCCAAAGGGCUGUGCUCGUGUAGGGUUGAGUGCUGGCACAGGAAUUGGUGUUUCUUCUGCUCUUGUUAGCAAUCAGAAUUCCAACAAUGAUAAUGAUAAUAAUCAAAAUAAUCACGGCAAUAUCAAUAAUAACAAUAACGAGGAGAAUGAUGCCCGACAAGAGAGAGCAGUUCCUGACUUACCAAACCCAGUGAAUGAUCAAGGACUCCAGGAGGCUGUCCAAGAAAGUAGACCAAGUGGAGCUGAAUGUAACUCUGACCAGAAUAGUGGGCAUUCUGUGACACCCAUGGAUAUAGAUGAAGAACAAGCAGGACCAAGUGGACUUCAACCAACUGUGAAAGUAAAUCCAGUGAUGGUGCAUGAUUCAGAUAGUGAAGACGAGGAUGAAUAUAGCAUGGAUACUUCUGGAACUCUGAAUGGGAAUGAUACUGGGGAUAUUUAUUCAGAUGGUGAGGAUAAAAAGAAAGCUACACCUAUGCUUUGUGAAAGUUCUGGUAUUUGUGGUAAAGGCAAGGCUCCAUUACGGAAGAAGAGCCCAAUUAAUCAACCAGGUCUACUAGCACCAUUGCACGCAGAGGAAAGCAGUUGUGAGAAAGGUUGUCAGGUGACCAGUGAACAGAUAAAGGCUGAUAUGAAAGCAGCAAGUGAUAUCCCAGAAAGGAACAGGAACAAAGAUGUUCCUUCUGGAACAGGAACCUGUUCUGCUCCUUCAAGAACAACCAACUCGAGCACUGUUGAAACUCCUCCGUACAUAGAACCUAAUAGAACAUCUACUGUAAAUGGAGGAUGCAGGCAUUGCAGUCCAACAUAUUCAUCCCAAUCUGGUAGUGGGAUUCAUGCCUGUUCGUGUACUUCAAAUACAGUUGGAGAUUCCUCUGGCAGUAAUGAGAGAAGCUCGAGGAGUAGUUCAGUUCAUACUGGCUGCGUAUGCAAUACAUCUCAGGUAAAUGAAAGCAGGACAGGUGAAUGCUCUGAACUGGAUAAACCUUCCACAAGCAGGUCAUCUGAAAACUGUGAUUUAAAUGGACAUUGCAACACAAAUUCAACUAUAUCAGAGUUUUCACAAAGGACAUCUUCCACUUGUGCACAAGGACAAGUAAAUGUUGAUAAUGGGAGGACUUGCAUUGAUGAUGCCAGAAAUGCAGAGAAUUCUAAUCAUCCUACGUGCUUUAAAGGGGCCCAGCAUGAAGGCUAUCCACGCAGACCAGUGACAAGAGCGAGUAGUAAAUAUAGCCAGGUUCCAUUGAUCACAGAGCCAGAUAUUUCCAAACCCAAGCCCAGGCAAUCUGUCAAGCGGAAACGAACUGCAGAUAAAUCCACAAGUACUAGUGAUCCUGUCAUUGAAGAUGACCAUGUCCAGGUUCUUAAUCUGAAGUCCAAAAAUUUGGUUGGGAUUACGCUUGCUAAUUGUGGAAUUACUGAUUUGGUACUCAGAGAUUGUCCGAAAAUGAUGUUUAUCCAUGCUACUCGAUGUCGGGUACUAAAGCACCUAAAGGUUGAGAAUACACCAAUUGUAAACCGCUUUGACUAUGUGCAGUGUCGGAAGCUCAAUAUUGAACAAGUGCUUGACCAGAUUUUACAAAUGCCUCCUGAACGGAACCGUAUCAUUUAUCUGCGACCAAUGCAACAGAUUGAUACUUUAAAAUUGGAGCGGAUGAUAUUUAGUGGACCUUAUCCCUAUCACAUCUGUAUUAUUCAUGAGUUUAGCAAUCCUCCAAAUGUGCGAAACAAGGUUCGCAUUCGUAGCUGGAUGGACAUAAUAGCAAAUAUUAAUCAAGAAUUGAUCAAGUAUGAGUUCUUCCCUGAAGCUACUCGCACUGAAGAAGAUGUGAAAAAAUAUCUCAAGUACCCUUGGGGGAGGGAUAUUUAUAGUUUGGAAGGAACAGUAGAUGGAGCUCCCUACUUCAUGAUCACUGACUUUCCUUGGCUUCGUUCACUACGCACUGCAGAACCGAACAGCUAUGCAAGAUAUGACUUUGAAGAUGAUGAGAGAACUACAAUCUAUGCUCCACGGAGAAAAGGGCAGUUGUCAGCUGACAUUUGCAUGGAAACAAUUGGUGAGGAAAUCUCUGAGAGAAGACAGAUGAAGAGUGGUGUGUUUCAGCGAGUUGUAGCUAUUUUCAUACAUUACUGUGAUGUCAGUGGAGAGCCUGUUCAUGAUGAUUAUAUCUGACUAUGCCUUUCUUGCUCAUGACUGUCCAAAGGCCAGAGACUACAGCCUGCAAGAUUUGAUUUAUCAGCACUGUGUAGCUGAAUUAUACCCCAAAUACUUUUGGAACAAAUUAUAUAAUUGUGUAUAAAAUAUUUGUGUACAAAUGAUUUCUGUAUAGAAAUGCUCUUAAAAUUAAUUGGCUUCCGGAAGCAGUAUCAUUUCAUAUGUUUAUACAAUUUAAUUCACUCAAAUGUUAUUGAAAGGGAAAUAAAUAGGUUUUAAGAAGAGGCUAUUUAUAUCCCCAAUUAUAUAGUUACUAAGAUGAACAUUUUCUGAUAUUUUGUUACAAUAUUGUUAGGUAGAAAAAUAUGUAUUAAAAAUCAAGGCCAUGUUCUUUGGCAGACUACAAAGCUUAAUAAAAGACAUGACUUAGUUCUUUGAAUAUUCUUUGGUACUAAUGUGCCUUUUUUUUGAGUUACAUUUUGUAAAUGAAGACUUGAAGAAAAAACACAAACUUUGUCUUGUCUUAUUUUUUAUAUACACGUAUCUAAUUUGAACAUUAUAUUGAUCCAUCAUUGUGAGGCAAUUAACCAAGAAAGGAAUCAUGAACCAGUAACAGAAAAUAGUAUUUCAUUACACAAUGGCAUGCAUUUUGUUAUGCACAGCUUCCAAGGAACGAAGUGGCAGGGAAAUUGCGUUAUAAUAAAGUAUUUAAGUAUGAAAAGCAUUUUCUGAAAACUUAUUUCUCUGGACCUUCUCCCCAAUAUGUUUUUCCAAAUUCUGCUUUAAUUUCUCACCAAUUUUUGUAGAAUACAUGCAAAAAGGCAUUAUUUCACGUUGUGUUUUAUAUUAUUUGACACUGUAUCUGUAAGUAACUGAUUUUUUCUUAUUUAAUGAAAUGCACUCAGUUUGAUUUCAGUUUGACCUUUUUCACCUUGGGUCCUUGUCACCUUUAAACUGUCACUUUUCCUGACUAGUGAUUCAGCUUUUAUUGAAUAUUUGAAGGAGCAGUUUAAUAGUUUCAGAUCCAACUUGGAAUAAUCAUUAGCUGACAGGAAGGUUGAGGUAAGUCAAAUCCCUUGGGACUGACUGUUUAUCGCUGUUUUAUGCAACCAGACUAGUACAGUGGAUGUCAGUUUUGAAUACAAAAUAUACAAGCACAAAACUUUUUUCUGUUCAGACGUGUUACAUUUAUUUCUGUUAACUCAUUUUCAGUUCAUGCAAGUUUAAUGUAGUUUGUGCUCUGAUUGAGCCUCUACGUAUUUGCCACAAUGUGUGUUUUUAAAUUUGUUUCAAAGUUUAACAAAUUACAAGUUAGAACUGAUUGUCAACAGCUUAUAUUUUUGACAUGAUUGAGCAUGAUAAGUAAUAGCACGUAAAGCAGUUGAUCCUGUGUGUAAUUUGCCAAUCUCCUCUCAGUACCUUCCAAACUCGAACUUAAUUGUGGCAAACUUGCUGCUGCAGAAUUAAGUUUUGCACCGCACAGUUUUUGUUUGAGUCCAGUAUAAUUGCAGGCUUGGGGUGAUGUUGACAAGAGGAUAUAUGUUCUUUCAAGGACUUUGUGAUCAUUAGCAUUAAAAUUUUCAUUCUUGUUUUCGAA